AAACCUUUCGGAGUCAAGAGUCCUGACUUGGCACUGGGGUUUGAAUGUUGUUGUUGAUGUGUCGCUACAAAUACAUGUGUGUCCCUCGCCAACGCAGGCGGAGCGGACGCAGCAAAUAAGAUUUUGUGGGACGUCUCUUUUCUACCAACAAGGCAGUAAAGUGGGGGUUGGGGGUGAUCCUGGCUGGGUGGAGAAACACAGAGGCGUUCCCCGGCGCUAUCCCCAUUAAAUGGGAAGCGGCUGCUCGCCGCUGCUCCAGCCAUGAUCGCCCAGGACCACCCGAUCCUGACGAUCCUGUUGUCCGCCCUGGCGUUCCAGAGCCUGCGGCUCGUCUUGCGGGCGCGGAGCGGCUGCCUCCUGCCGAAACAGGUCGAGGGUAACAAGACCAGGUCGUGGAGAUGGACCAACCUCAGCGUCUCCCUGGUGCACUCGGCGAUCACAGGACCGUGGGCUUUGUUGUGCGUAUACAACUCUCCUGAAAUGUUAACUGAAAUAUUAACGUUUCACAGUUCCUUUUCAUACUUGCUCAUCUGUGUUUCCACCGGCUAUUUUGUCCAAGAUGUAGCUGAUAUCAUCAUGAACGGCCAGUCUAGAGCAUCAUGGGAGUUCCUGUUGCACCAUACGUUGGUAAUUUCAACAUUCCUGUAUAUUGUGCUGACCCAUUAUUAUGUUGCUGGUGCCGUCGUUGCAUUGUUUGUUGAGAUAAACAGCAUCUUCCUUCAUACCCGACUGCUUCUGAAACUGGCAAAUGCGCAGACCUCCCAGCUAUACCACUACAACAAGUACAUCAAUGUCUUCACAUAUAUUGUUUUUCGGCUGCUUGCUCAGUUUUAUCUCACUUGGUAUAUGCUGACGAAUUUAAACAUCCUCCCCAACUCGGGCUACAUUAGUCUAAACUUGAACGCAAUGAACGUCAUGAUCUUGGUUUAUUUCUACCGUCUGAUCCGCACAGAUUUCUUCAGGAAGCCGAAGCACUACUUACAGAAUGGCAACAACAACACAAAGUUUGUGGAUGAUUAAAAGAUUCGCGUGUUUGAAAAUUAUGGUUUGAAAUGGAGACAGAUUUAUUGAAUUAAUUUAAUGCUGGGCUAAAUACAUGAAGCAGAAUACCUUAAAUUUUAACUGUUUAACUGCUGUCUGUCCAAGAUUGCAUUUCUAAUGUAAUAUACAUAAUGGGAUGGGUUUUUAGGCUGCUAAGGAAGGAAACUGAUGGAGCCAGUACACAUGCGUGUUAUCUUUAUCAGUCAAAAUGGCUAGAUUGGGUAGGACAAGAAAUGUGACAAAAAAAUUAUGGUGUAAUUGUAAGGGUAAAAACUGUGUACAUGUUUUCUUUUAAUUUAUUGUAAUAUGGGAAAUAAAAGAUACAAGUGUAUAAUACCAGUAAGGAGCCUUGACAGAGCUCCAGCAGACACUAAGCAUUAUUAUCCAGAGAACAGAUGUGCAAUAUGGAUGAGGAAGAUUCAUGUUUGACACCCAGUCUGAUCACUGUUGUGACAGUGUUGUGGUAAUAGAGGUAGUCACAGUGCUUCUGGGUUGAGGAGCUGAUAAAGAACUGAGAUUCCUGCCUGGGAUCUACCAACUGGUAACCCCUUCUGAAAGUUCAGGUGGGUGACCAGAUAAAGGGGGAAGAUUGUUGGGCUUGGCUGUGGCAAAUAAUCUGUCAAUACCAUCGACUCUGUAGUUGUGGAGUCUUCUGUGCAUUUAGUGAGAUAGGAGUUAUCAUGAGCAUGUGCCCCUGCUGCUCAGCAGUUUUCCAGAAUCUGGUUAUUCUGCAUAACUGUGGGCAGGCCUCAGCCAGGGAAGCUGUCUGGAGCAGAUGUGGGAAACAGGCACAGCUGGUCAUGGAAACCUGCUACGGGGUACUGUUGGCAGCAUCCUCCAUGAUAUCUUAAGAAAAUACUUAAACAUCUGCAAAUGUUACUUUUUUAAAAAAGCACCUUCACCUUUGCAACCAGUUGAGCUACCCAGAAAGUGAAAUAAUGCCUCUGCCAUUCACAGCAAUAUCAGAUAUGGGGACAGAGAAACCUCUUAUCACAGGCUUGCUAACACUGCACAUGCUGGAUGCUGGGAAAUCCAUGAUAUGUGUUCAUAUCUAUUUAAGGGUAACAUUAAUUGCACAGCCCAUUUUAAAGGCCUAGGUUCCUCAAAACAAAAAAGUUAGACUGGGCUGGAGAUGUUCUUUAAAGAGAUUGUUUUUGCCUCAGUUGGCUGAAGUACGACAAGCUCCAUAACGUAAUUUCAGCAGAAAAUCUCAUUAUCCAAAUUCAUGCAUUAUUUCUGGCUACUUGGAUGAGGUGCAUAGGACAUCUCACUUAUUCACAUAAUACAAUGCCAAAAAAACUGAUCUUCUGUUAUGCUACAGUAGUCAUUGUCCAUGAGCAGGUAUCUUCAGAGCAUUAUGUUUGUUAAGUAAUUUGUGUUUAACUGCAUUUGUAGAAAUAAAUCUUACUUAAAACUGAUGCAAAACUAAUUUAGUUUUCUAUGUGUAAACAAAAUUUGCAAUGGAGAACAGUAAGAAAUGUAUGUUUUUAAUAAUAGAACAGUUCUUAUGUGAAAAGGGUGCAAUCAACUGUCUACACAAAAUGGAAACAGCAGUUAUGUGUAGCCCUUCUCCCUGAUGUCUUUUAAAGGCAAUUUCUCCUGUCUUGCAAAGAGAUUGAGGAGAUAAUUUGAUAUUUUUAAUAUGUUAGCAUUACCUGUUAACGUACCAGUACCACUGCUUUGAUUAUGUGCACUAUCAUGCUGAAAUGCAAUUUUACUAAACUUUUUCACUAUAUCCAUAUUUGCAAGUAAAACAGGUGGAAAGAGUUUAUAUCUUGCAUUUUUCAAAUCUUCCAAAUAUGUUUAUUCAAAGUUUCAAAGGGACUGCAUUUCACCUGCCUUCUUCUACUGUUUCAAAAUUUGCUCAACAGGAAAUUGUAUCUUGCAAGUCCAACAUUCCUAAAGCAAUGCGGCCAGAAGUGAAUAUCAGAUGGCUAAAAGCAAAGACAAGUUUAAGGAGAGGAAUUGACAUUAACACUUUCCUGUGUGAUUUGUAGCAUUAUUGGAAUAGCUCAAACGAUGGCAACCUAGAAGUUUUGUCUUGGUCAAACAGCUCUGGCUUAAUUUUUAAGGCAUUCCAGAGCUCUUGUGGACAAUACACAAUCCCAAUUAUUUAUCUAACUUUUAUUAAUGUUAAAUGCAAGGCUUUUUAAUGUCUGUGACAAAGGCAUUGCGCAACAUCUGUCCAUGUGUGAACCCUGCAUAAUUAAGGGAACGGCAUCAUUUUUAUAUGUCAUUUCCUCUUAAAUUUUGUAGAAGUGAAUUAAGCAUUACAGUCACUGUUUGCUGUUAUUUUACUAAUAAUACUUUCUAGAAACAUCCAGUUGCAGCACCGCACUCCUCUUAGUUGAAACUUGCCUUAUAUGGUUUCCUACAGCUUUGCCAAAAGACAGUAAUGGUUAUUAAUGGAUAAAAUCAUUUCUCUUUUAUAGUGGUAUGUGACACUGAUUGACCUCUUGUGAAGUACUAAUGCAACUCAAUGCAUAUGUUAACAGUUAGAUUGACAAGAUGAAUGAUCAAUGUUUAUGACACCUGAAAACCUAGCGAAUAUAACCAUGUGCAUUGUUGCUUGUGAUUUCUUUGUUAUCAGGCAACUGGUGCAAAACCUUCUGCCAAUAACGUAGCAUUCAAAACAGUAAGCUUAUUCUGUUCCAAAAAAAAGUUAGUGUUGGUCUAGAAUAUUAUAAAACCAAGUAUGAAUGAGGUGAGUUAUUCCAUGAGUGACACGAUCGUUAACAGAAUAUUGAAUAUCUAAGGAGAAUCUGCUGUGGUAUAAUAAAAUGUGGUUCACUAGGUCGGGUAAAUGUAACUAUUAUAUCCUUUUUAAACCAACUGGGAUGAUAGGCAGAUAUUGGGCUAGUAACAAUCUGCCUGAACUAGUUUGGUGAAAUGUGUGUUCUUUUCCUUAAAAUUGUUGGUGCUGCUAAUAAUGUUUGUUGCCUUGUAUAAAAGAGAGUAAAAUGUAGAGUUUUCUAUGUUUUUCAGAAUCUUUGACAAAUAAAAAUUACAUUCUGUGAACUUCAA